AUGCGGCCGAUGUGGUGCGACCUGAGGCGUCGAUACUUUGGUCGACACCAUGGGAGUGGCCCUGGUUCAGAAGCAGAGGGCGCAGGACUGGACCAGCUCAAAACGGGGCCGGCCUCGCGCGGCGUUCAACGGGCACUCGGCCGCGGGGCGGCGCCAGCGCCGAAUUUGAUGCCGCGAAGACGCUCGCCCUCGAGGUCAGACUCUCGUCGACGUUCCCCUCCACGGAAGUCACGGAAGGAGAGUCGCAGUAGGUCCCGGAGGGGCCGCGAUGGUCGAGAUGGAAGAGACGGUCGCGAGAAGGCGGACGAAAAGCUUGGCAAGCCCCUGCCCGAAUGGGGCACCAUAGGCAUCAUCCAGGAGCUGAAGCCUGCGGGUAUCGGCUUCAUUCGGCCUCACUCGGGGAAGGUGGAUGACAAAGACCUCUUCUUCCACAAAUCUGCUCUCAAGAACAGUAGUUUUGAUGCCCUGGCUAUCGGGGAUGAGUGUACCUACGAGGCAGUGCUGGAUGAGACCAAGGGGAAAGCCGCAGCCAAAAACAUCGUCCUGAAGAACGGGAACUCGGGCGGCGGCGGUGGCAGGGCAGCACUUCAGAAGGCUUCAGUGGCUGUGGAUCUUGCCAUUGACAAGGAGAUGCGUUUCGCGGCUGCUUUCGGCAAGACCAGCGAACCCGGCGGACGCGUGAAAUGUGGCCGCGGCAAACUUACGCGGACAGAGCAGUUGGAUCUGAAGGUCUUAGGCCUUGGCAUCAUGCGGGGGCCGGGUAUGUCCGGGUCCGCUAAGGCCGAGGGAUUCCGCAAGAAAAUCCAGGAAGGAAACAACAAGGGCGCCGAUGAAAAGGCUGCAGAUCAAUGGCAGGCGGAGGUUUGGCGUCAGAGCAGAGAGACAGCCGAAGCUGAGGAAGCCAAGAAGCAGAUGCUGAAGCGAGAAGCGCGGAAGGAGCUGGACAAGCAACUCUUCGCAGACAUGAUGAAAACCACAGGCAUGAAAAAGUUGCGACGGCCGGGAAAUUUGGAACAAGACCUGCUGCUCAAUAGGCCUUUGGUGGAACAGAUGGUGAGAUCAGGCUACAAGACCGAACUUACGGUACCCAUGUUGGAAAAGGCCCUGGAUCUGAAAGCCGAACAGGCGCGGAAGCGAGUCGAGAGUCGCUGA